AAUUGCAUAUCCGGGUGAAGCGAUGUUUACAGUCCGGACGUCAGUCUGCUAAGUAGCUAAGUUACCGAGAGGGAGAGCUGCAGUCACACCAUAGAUUAUAUAUUACAGACACUUUGCUGACCACAAAUGGCCUCUCAGAUCCCGAUAACCGUCAGAGCUCCGCCGGCAGCUGCCAGCUCCGCCGCUCUCCGGGGGAAGAAACGUCCCGGUAGUCCGGCCGUGUCCGCCGCUCCGCAGCUCACCGGGAGCAGCAGCUGCAGCAAGAAGAAGAAAGGACAGCAGCCAGCCACACCAACUAUACUCACACAGAUAAUGGCGGUGGAGUCUGUGGUGGAGGUGAAGACAGUGGGAACCAUGGACUGCGGUCCAGCUGCCUCCUCAGAGUCCACAGCAAAGCCUCCACCGUUCAAAGAGCCUACAUUUUUGCAUUCUGGGAUCGGUGGAGCAGCAGCGGGUAAAAAGAACAGGACCUGGAAGAAUCUCAAGCAGAUUCUGGCUUUGGAGCGGACUUUACCCUGGAAGCUCAGUGAUCCAAACUACUACAGCAUUGACGCGCCUCCCUCCUUGAAGCCAACAAAAAAAUACUCUGACAUCUCUGGACUCCCUGCGAACUACACAGAUCCUCAGACGAAGCUGCGCUUCACUUCCUCUGAGGAGUUCUCCUACAUCCGCCUCCUCCCCACCGAUGUUGUUACAGGCUACUUGGCACUCCGAAAGGCAACUUGCAUCGUACCCUGAGAGCUGAGCAAGACCUUUAAAACCUGAUACAGGUUCAAACCAGAACUGCACUCAUGUCAGUGCUGGAAGCUGUUGUGUCAGUCAGGAGACUCUGAGAGUUCACAGGCUGCACUGAAAGGCCAACAGCUGGAACUCACAGGCUGGCCACGCUAAACAUCUAAACAUCUGCACUGCUGUUUUAAAAAAGGCGCCUGAGUCGUAAUUGUUACUGUGUGACAAAAGAAAUGCCACCAAUGUACGUUUGGUACUAAAAAAAUCUUUCAGUGAUUGCUCACGUGAGACUAUUGCUGGAUAUUAUAAUGUCACUAUAUCAGAGAAUGUCCAAUAAACUUGACCGAACGUGUUUUAUUCUGUAAGGGGAGCCUUCUUAAUAUGUUUGAGACCAUCAAAACAAAAGGUGCCUACUUUGAAGAAUUUUAAAAUAUAAAACAUAUUCUGGUUUGUUUAACAUUUUUUUGUUUACUACAUAAUUCCAUAUGUGUUCCAUUAUUGUUAUGAAUGUUUUAAAUUUUUUUCUACAAUGUAGAAGAUUUAAUAAAAAAAAAAAAAAAGCAUUGAAUGAGAAGGUGUCCCCAAACUUUUGACUGGUAGUGUAUGUUUACUUACACACACAAAACUUUCCAGUUUCAUUCCUAUUUAUAUUUUGGAGGUUUUUAAAGAGGGAUGUGUUCAUAUAUCAACCAUACAAUUACUUUAUUCGUUAAAAAAAAACAUGGCAAAAGCUGUUGACAGUGUUUUCUGAUAUAUGGAUUGAUAAAAAGGACAUCCAAAGAACAAUUUUUAACCUGGUACCCAAUGAUCAGUUAUCUGUUCUGGAAAUGCAUGAAAAAUUAGCAGACAGUUAAAAAGAGAAUCCGUCAUUUGCAUAUUUAAAUGUUGGAAACUUGUAAUACAAAAACUGUAACUGUCUUAAUGUAAGAAAUCCUCAAGGGAAGUUUUGUGGUGAUAUCAGUCACAAUUCUUACCCUACUCACAUGAAAGAUGUUUACUAGUUCAUUCCAAAGUCAGCAAUAUGAAGUUAUUUUGCUUAUUUAUUCAUAUACAUUUCCCAGUGUCCUUUAUGAUACUUUCCCAUUAAGUGUUGCUAUAAACCCUGGGGCAAGUUUGAGAGCCUGAUGUGGAUUUGCUCCUGCUAAAUCCCUGGGGAAAUUAUACAGAAGUAUUGAAUACAAGCAUUAUACGCCCCCUUGUGGUGAAACAUGUGUUUUCAGUUGUGUAAAUUCAGUCAGGUUGCAAAAAAUGUGCAAAAAAUGAGGCAGAGCUGCUAAUUAGUUUUUUCAUAAAGAGCUCAUUACAGGUAACUUGAUUUUGUAUGUGAAAGUUUGAUUUCAGCGUCUCUUAUUUAUCUGUUUUUCUCAUAUACGGCUUUGUAUAAAAAUACAUUUUCUCAAUUAAAAAAGACAUUUGUUUCAACCUCAGUUGUGCCUGUAUGACAGCCUUUAAUCUCACUUGUUGGACAUUG